ACUCAUCAGUAUCUUCUCUUUUGAGAUAUGAAGAAGCUUAAUCAUUUUAGUCAUCCCCAUCCUUUGGUGCUCGUGGAAGAUCAGGAGAUGGAUUCGAUUAGUAUAAUUUAUUACUGCUCAGCAUGUCAGGAGCGAGUAGAGGGUUCCAGCUACAACUGCUCAGAGUGUGACUUUUGUCUUCAUAAGUCUUGUGCUGAGCUACCAAGGGAGAUCAAUCAUCCCUCUCACCUCAACCAUUCACUCAUCCUUUAUGAGAAGCGGCAGUUACGCCCCGUUGACGAUUCUUGGUUUUGCGAUUCUUGUAGAAAAAGAUAUAAACCAGGUGAGAAAUUAUUUGUUUAUCGUUGUUCUUCUUGUGAUUUUGACCUUGACAUUGAAUGUGCUUUGAUUCCAAACUUGAUUACUCGAGAUUUACCGAAGUCUCAACAUUUUAGCCAUCAACAUUCACUCUUCUUCAUUAAAAACCACCAUAUUGAACCCAAAGAUCGAUCUUGCUAUGCAUGUGAAGAGCAAAUAUCAGGUCCUUUUUAUGGUUGUUUUAGUUGCCUUUUUUUCCUUCAUGAGAAAUGUUUUGAGUUACCCCCAGAGAUCAAACACCUCAGCCACCACAAACACUCUCUCACUCUUUUAGCCAAUCCUCCAUCUCAUUAUGAGAAAUGUUGUUGCCGGUUAUGCAGCAAACCUUGCAAGGGAUUUAUUUAUUACUGUUCUCCUUGUGAGUUUGGCUUUAAACCAAAGUAUGCUUUCUCUGAUGAUGUGAUCGAAAGUAAGAAUCAUGAGCAUCCAUUCACCCUUUUAUCAAGACCAAUUUCUUUCAUUUGCGAUGCUUGUGGUAGUGAUGGCGACUACUGCAUUCCUUAUGUAUGCAUUGCCUGUAAUCUUUUUGUUCAUAAGGAAUGCAUUUCACUCCUACGGAAAAUCUUGAUAACAAGGCAUGAUCAUCCAGUUUCCCAUAUUUAUUUCCUUGAAGAAAAAGAAGUCAAUGAGACGAGUUGCAAAAUUUGUCAUGAUGAAAUCAAGACAGAGCAUGGAUGUUAUCAUUGUCGAGAUUGUGAUUACUUUGCUCAUGUGAAUUGUGCGAUGGACAAAGAUAUUUUCAUUCGAGAGUAUGAGGUGACAGAUGAAAAUCAAAGUCUCAAUGAAAAAAACUUGGGGUGGUUAUCUGGUGAGCCUUCUAUUACUCAUGUUCUCAAGAAAAGGAAAAUUGGAGAGGAAGUAAUAGCCAUAGAGAUUAAGCACUUCAAUCAUCGACACGAAUUAAUACUUUGUGAUGAUGUUAAAGAUGAAAAAUGUUGUGACGGCUGCAUGCGGUCCAUCUCAACUUCAUUUUACUAUUGUAAUAAAUGCAAUUACAUCCUUCACAAGCGUUGUGCUGAGUUACCAAGAAAGACACGGCAUUGGGCUUUCAAGGACACCUUCACUCUUAUGCCUUUCAUAAAUGCCAAAUGUCAGUUAUGUUGUUUUACUGUUAGUGGCCUUACCUACCACAAUGAUGUAAGUGGUUGGGAAUAUUGCAUUCUAUGUUUUAUAGUUCCAGACACCAUCACUCAGGGACAUGAGCAUCCGGUCUUCUUUGAUCAUAAAUUUACAUUCAAAUGUAGUAUUUGUGUUGAUGGUCACGAGAAAAGAGGGGCCUUUAUAUGCAAACGAAGGGAAUGCCAUCAUUUCACCUUGAAUUAUACAAGUCUUGUGUUGCCGAUUACAGCCUGGUGUAAGUAUGAUGAUCAUCCUUUGGUUCUCACUUACUGCGAUGAUAUUCAUCGUCACUUGGAUCAGUGUGUCUGUGAUAUUUGUGAAGAACCAAGAAAUCCCGAUGAGCGGUUUUAUUAUUGUAAAAUCUGUGAUAAUUCUGCUCAUUUCUUAUGUGUUCUUGGGAAGUACCCAUUCUUAAGGCUUGGAUUGACUACGAAGGAAAAUUGUCAUGAGCACCUUCUCAGUUUUGCAAAGGAGCACUAUUACCAAGACUAUUCGAGAUGCAGUGUUUGUGGCAAGUAUUGUAAAGAGGUGUUCUUGAAAUGUACACAGUCAGGAUGCGAGUAUGCUGUUGACUGGGAAUGUAGAUGACAUCUUGGAAAUUGAUGAGAUGGAGGUAUCAGUUGGUUGCCUAGUAGUACCACCUUCUCAAUCUGCAGGUAACCUAAAGUCCAUGCUUUGUGUUCUAUAUUUGUGUUUUAGUUUCUUUUUCUUUUGAGCUGCAAUGUGUCAUAAAUUUAUAAUGUAGUUUGUUGAAUUGGUGUUUGUAAUACAAUAAUUAAACAUUG